AUGUCUGACAACGAGCCAAUUGCCAUCAUCGGCAGCGCAUGCCGCUUCCCCGGAGACUCCUCUUCCCCCUCCAAGCUCUGGGAUCUCCUCAAGUCUCCCCGCGAUCUGCUUACCAAAGUCCCCCCCAACCGCUACAACGCAGAUGCGUUUUACCACGCUGACUCGAAGCAUCAUGGCACCACUAACGUGCGCCACUCGUACUUCCUCAAUGAAGACCCUGCCAGAUUUGACAACAACUUCUUCAAUAUCCAGCCCGGCGAGGCCGAAGCUAUUGAUCCCCAGCAGAGACUUCUCAUGGAGGUUGUGUAUCAGGGCCUUUGCGCUUCUGGACAGACCAUUGAGGGGCUUCGUGGGUCUCCUACAGCUGUCUACGUUGGUGUUAUGUGUGAUGAUUGGAGUGGGAUUAUCACCCGUGACUUGGAGGUGUUCCCGCAGUAUGGUGCAACAGGAAUGGCGAGAAGCAUUAUGUCGAAUCGUAUCUCAUACUUUUUCGACUGGCAUGGCCCGUCUAUGACUAUUGAUACGGCCUGUUCAUCAAGCUUGGUUGCUGUUCAUCAGGCUAUCCAGACUUUGAGAAGUGGAGAGUCUGAAGUUGCCAUCGCAGCUGGAGCCAACCUCAUUCUCACCCCAGGUAGGUCCAAAAUGUGGGAUCAAGACGUAAACGGCUACGCCCGAGGCGAGGGCAUCGCCGCCGUCGUGCUCAAGCCUCUCAGCGCCGCGAUCCGCGAUAAUGACCACAUUGACUGCAUCAUCCGCGCCACAGGUGUCAAUCAAGACGGCCGCACCCCAGGACUGACCAUGCCCAGCGCGACAGCUCAAGCAGACCUCAUCCGAAGCACAUACGCCCGGGCCGGUCUCGACAUCAACAAGCCCGAAGACCGCCCUCAGUUCUUCCACGCUCAUGGUACAGGGACACCUGCUGGCGAUCCCCGUGAGGCUGAAGCCAUCUACCGUGCGUUCUAUUCGGAUGUCAAGGAUGAUAAGCUCUAUGUUGGGUCCAUCAAAACUGUGCUGGGCCAUACCGAGGGCACGGCUGGUCUUGCGAGUUUGAUCGGGACAGCGCUUGCGAUUCAGAACAAGACCAUUCCGCCUAAUAUGCACUUUGAUGUUUUGAAUCCCAAGAUCAAGCCGUUUUAUGAUAACCUGGAGGUUCCAACUAAAGCUAUUGCUUGGCCCGAGACACACAAGGGACAGCCUCGACGAGCUAGCAUCAACAGCUUUGGCUUUGGUGGUACCAAUGCUCAUGCUAUCAUCGAAGCAUACGAGCCUGCCACUACAGAUAGUGCUCCUGGUCCACUAUUCAGCCCGUUGACAUUUUCCGCUUCAUCCGAGCCAUCUCUACGAUCUCUACUCUCCUCCUAUUCGGACCAUCUCAAGUCCAACCCCGACCUCUCACUGAAAGACCUCGCAUACACACUGCAAACACGACGCUCUACCCUAGCCUACCGUGUCGCCAUCACUGCCUCGGACGUCGAAGAUGCCUACACCCAACUCGACACCAUAGGCAACGGCGAGCAAUCCAGUACCAUUGGUGUGCGCCAGGUCACCAAGGCUUCACCCAAGAUAAUGGGUGUCUUAACAGGUCAGGGAGCGCAAUGGCCACGAAUGGGCGCCAGACUUGUUGAAGAGUCUGCGUUCGCGUCACAGCGACUUUUCGAGCUUGACGAGGCAUUGUCCAGCCUUCCCAAGGACGACCGACCUUCUUGGACUCUGCGAGAGAUGAUUCUUGCGGAUUCCAAGUCCUCAAGGAUCGCUGAGGCUGCUAUUUCCCAGCCUUUGUGUACAGCUGUUCAGGUUGUCUUGGUUGAUCUCCUCCGACAGGCUGGUGUUGAACUUUCCAGUGUCGUUGGUCAUUCUUCUGGUGAGAUUGGAGCUGCUUAUGCGGCUGGCCUUCUCACAGCACGAGAUGCUAUCCGAGUCGCUUACUACAGAGGUCUCUAUGCCAAGCUCGCGCAGUCUCCCAACGGUCGCAAGGGCGCUAUGAUGGCUGUUGGAACUACCUUUGAUGACGCAUCGGAGUUCUGUGAGCUCGAUGCCUUCCAGGGCCGCAUCCAAGUCGCUGCUAGAAACUCUUCCUCCAGCAUCACUCUCUCCGGUGACGAGGAUGCUAUCGUCGAGGCCAUUGAGACCUUUAAGGACGAAGGCAAGUUCGCUCGGCAGUUGAAGGUCGACACAGCUUAUCAUUCGGCUCAUGUCCUACCAUGCGCCAAGCCAUACCUUGACGCCAUGGAGAGAUGUCAGAUCGAGAGCGCCAAUCCCACUUCGACAAAGUGGUACUCGAGUGUUCAUGACGGCCAGGCCAUGACUGCUGAGCUACUCACUCCUCAGUAUUGGGUUGACAACAUGACCAGCGCUGUACUGUUCUCUCCUGCUGUAGAACACGCUUGGCGGGAAGGUGGUCCGUAUGAUGUGAUCAUUGAAGUUGGCCCUCAUCCAGUACUCAAGACUCCUUGCCUCGACACUUUGGAAGACAUGACAGGAGACCGCCCUCCUUACUCUGGGGUCUUGGGUCGAGAAAAGGACGAUAUUCAGCAGUUCGCCAGCGGUCUUGGUUUCAUCUGGACUCAACUCGGCGCAGGAUCAGCCACCUUCGAGCGAUUCGAGAAGGUCGCAUCCGACUCCAAGUCUAUUCCAUCUUUCAUCCAUGACCUUCCCAAUUAUCCCUUCGACCAUGCGAGACAGUUCAUGUCGAUGUCGAGGGUAUCUGGUUGGUACAACAGCAUGCAGGAAGCUCCUCAUCCCAUUCUAGGUAGACGAUGCCAUGAUCGCGAGACCUCGCAGACGAUUCAGUGGCGCAACGUGUUGAACCCCAAAGAGAUUCCUUGGCUGCACGGUCAUCAGAUCCAGGGCCAGAUCAUCUUCCCAGCUACUGGAUAUAUCUCUAUGGCUAUUGAGGCCGUCAACAUCAUUGCAGGGUCGGACCUGGGCCUUGUCACAAUUGAGGACCUCCGCAUUGGCCGAGCUCUUGCUUUUAGCGAUGACGAUGCAAGCGUUGAGUCGAUGUUUGAUCUAAGAAUUAUCAGUCGUUCUGAAAAGGAGAUAGAAGCUGAAUUCUCAUGCUACUCCGGCCUUCCUCAGAAUCACACGACAAGCAUGGUUCUGAACGCAACUGCUCAUGUGAAGGCUUCCCUCUCUGUGCCGACUGCCCAAAAACUCCCCAACCUCAAAAUCGAUGACUUUAAUCUCCGCAAGGUUGAAGUCGACAGAUUCUACGACUUCCUCGGUCGUCUAGGAUACAACUACUCCUGGCCCUUCCACGGCACCACCAGCAUCCGCCGAAAGGCAAACUAUGCGACUGGUACUCUGGAGGACCAGUCUGGCUCAGAGUGGGAAGAUCAACUGCUCGUUCACCCUGGCAUGCUGGAUACUUCUCUCCAGACUACUUUCGCCGCGUUCUGCUGUCCAGGUGAUGAGCGCAUGUGGGCUCUUCACUUGCCAACCAGUUUCCGCUCCAUCGUGGUCAACCCCUACUUCACGUCCGCUGGUAUCGGAAAGCAGAAGAGCUUCCAGUAUCAGUCUGUCGCAAUUCAGGAGAGGAAGGCUUCCAAGGUCAUCGUUGAGCUGAACCUGCUUUCUGAAGAGACUGGAGAUACUUUUCUUCAGAUUGAGGGCAUGGAGCUCGUUCCUUUCUCACCUGCUACACCAGAGAACGAUGCUGUUUUGUUCUCCCGCUUCGACUAUAGGCUUGCCAGCCCCGAUGGCGAACUCACUGCUGCUGAGUAUUCUUUCCGAGAUGAGGACUACAAGAUGGCACUUGACUCUGAGCGAAUUGCUUUCUACUACCUUCGUCGGCUGGUUGAGACCAUCACGCCCGAGGACAAGGCCAACACUCUUCCCCACUACCGACACCUUGUGGAAUGGGCAGCCCAUGUUGUCCCUCAAGUCAUAGACGGCAGAAACCCGCACAUACCCUCUAGCGCCCAGAAGGAUACACAUGAAGACAUUCAAAACAUCCUGAAGAAGCACUAUGAACGUGUUGACGUACGUCUCCUCGAAUCUGUUGGCGAAAACCUUCCUCAGGUCAUUCGAGAAAAUGGCAAUAUCCUUGAGCACAUGACAAAGGACGGCAUGCUUGACGAUGUUUACGAGGAAGGCUUUGGUCUUGAUCUGGUGAACAAGUACAUCGCGCACAUGACGGCUCAAAUUGCCCAUCGAUAUCCUCGCAUGAACAUUCUCGAGAUUGGUGCCGGAACAGGUGGCUCAACCAGAGAGAUCCUCCCCCGUCUCGGCUCAGCCUUCUCAACAUACACCUACACUGACGUCUCAGGUGGCUUCUUCGACACAGCGCAAGAUCGCUUCAAAGACUAUGCCGAACGUAUGAUCUUCAAAACUUUCGACAUGAACAUCAGUCCUGGUUCUCAAGGCUUCACCGAAGGUACAUAUGACCUCGUUAUCGCCUCCAACGUCCUGCACGCCACUCUCGAGCUAGAGGAUAUGAUGAAGCACGUGAGAAGUUUCCUCAAGCCCGGUGGUUUCCUCAUCAUUCUCGAGACGGUUAACAACGACUGUUUACGAGUCGGUUUACCUAUGGGUAGUCUUCCUGGUUGGUGGCUCGGUGCGGAGCAUGGUCGACGCUGGGGUCCUACCCUUACGCUGCCGCAGUGGGAUUCUUUGCUUUGGAAGUGUGGUUUUGGUGGUAUUGACACUACCACGCCACCUGUUCACAAGAUCCUUCCCGGUCAUGUCUUCUGUGCUCAGGCUCUUGAUGACCGUGUUGAAAUUCUUCGAUCGCCACUGAGUCACCUUUCCGACCUUCCUGAGACCAAGUCUACAGAGCUCGUCAUCGUUGGUGGAGAAACACUCAAGGUUCAUAGGAUGUGCGAGCAGAUUUCUCGACGUCUCAAGCCCAAGUACGCUAGCAUCGCGCGCUUCAACUCGAUUGAGGAGCUCAACACCAGCGGUCUUGCAGACUCUUGCGCUGUUGUGUCUCUCACUGAACUCGAUGAGCCGUUGUUCGCCAAUAUGACCUCCGACAAGCUGGAUGCCCUGAAGACACUGUGGAAACAGGGUGGAAGUAUCCUCUGGGUUACCUCUGGUGCUCGAGAUGAGAACCCCUACUCCUACAUGACCACCGGAGUUGGUCGUUGCAUGCGCUUCGAGUACCCCAACAUUACUCUCCAAGCUCUCGACAUCAAAGCCAUGACGGACCGCACUCCAGGGCUCGUCGCAGAGCAUCUCCUGAGACUGGAGCUAUUGGACAAGUGGUCCAAGGAACUUCGCCCGGAAGAGCUGCUCUGGUCUCUGGAGCCUGAGAUCUACGUUGACGAUGACACCACUAUCGUUCCACGACUGUAUCCAUACGAGUCUGGAAACGCACGAUACAAUGCCGAGCGUCGCAAUAUCGUCGAGGACGCCGAUCUUCAGACUGACAGAGUUAUAUUCGUGGAGAAUGAGGGCAAGUGGGAGGUUCAGCAUGCCUCGCCCCUUCAUAUUCCUCAGGAGCUUCCGUUCGCUUCCAAGAUGAAGACCAUUCGCAUCACGCACUUCUCGCCUGCUACCAUCAACUUUGCUCCUGGUGUCAGUCUGAUGGUUUGCGCUGGGAUUGACGCAGCCUCUGGCGAGAGACUUCUUGCUGUCACCCACGUUGCUGAGUCUCCUAUUUCAGUCCCAGCAGACUGGUGCAUUCCUCUCGGGGAGCUCGAUGGAGUCGAUACGCUGGCCAACGUCUCAGCUUUCUUGAUUGCUUCUAGUAUUCUGAAGCAUGUGGCCACAGAGGAAACUCUUGUCGUUCAUGGUGCUCCUUCCCGCCUGGCUUCCGCCUUGGAGGGUCUCGCCAAGGAAUCAUCCAUCACUGUCUUCUUGACUACGUCCGAGAGGGCAAACAAAAAUGGAUGGCAGUAUAUCGACAGUCACUUACCUGAACGAGUCAUCAAGGCAUCUAUCCCCAGGUCAGCCACUAAAUUCAUCAACCUAUCGCAGGAUGCCAAUAUGGGGGAAACUGGCCGAGCCAUAUCCGCAUGUCUUCCCCGCUACUGCGAAGUCAUCAACACAGAGCGGCUCUUCAUUUGGGGCAAGCUGAUUCGUGAGUCCGUGUCCAAGGAAGAUAUUUCCAUUGUGUUCAACAGAGCUUUCUAUGAGACCAAAUCACUCUCUAGCACAGCUACUGAUGCACGCUUGAUCUCCCUCCAGGACGUCUCUGGUGUCAGUGCAGCUGAAGUCCGCUUUGCCGUUGUUGACUGCAUAGACUCUUCCGUCAAAGCCUCUAUUCGCCCUAUCGAUGACGGAAGAAUCUUUCAGGCUGAUAAGACAUUCCUUCUCAUCGGUCUAUCGGGUGAGCUUGGCCAAUCUCUUGGCAAGUGGAUGGUUGAGCAGGGAGCUCGAAACAUUGUACUUACGAGUCGUCGUCCUAAUGUUUCUCAACACUUCCUUGACGAGAUGGCUACCAUGGGUGCUACAGUCAAGGCUCUCCCGAUGGACGUUACCAAUCGUGACUCACUACACGCAUGCGUUGACACCAUCCAAAAGACGCUGCCUCCCAUCGCAGGUGUUGUCAACGGCGCCAUGGUUCUUCGAGACGCACUCUUCGAAAAUAUGCCCUACGAAGACUUCAUGAAGGUCCUAAGUCCCAAGGUCCUUGGCUCCCAACUCCUCGAUGAGCUGUUCUACGACACACCCCUCGACUUCUUCAUCUUCUUCUCCUCCACCACCGCCGUCAUGGGCAACAGUGGCCAGAGCAAUUACAUCGCCGGCAACAUGUUCAUGAACGCCCUUGCAGCACAGCGUAAGAAGCGCGGUGUCGCCGCUUCAUCCAUUGACAUCAGUUCCAUCAUUGGUCUUGGCUACGUCGAGAGGGCUGAGGACCUGAGUGAGGAUACUUUCAUCAAGAUGGGUUACAAGCCUAUGUCUGAGCAGGAUCUACAGAAGUUGUUUGCUGAGGCCAUUGUUCUCGGAAGGCCGGAGUGCGAUGAGGUUUGCGAGCUUGUGACGGGCGUUACGCCUAUUUACACUGAUGCUCAGGCUAGUGACCAGUACUUGAAGGAUGUCAAGUUUGGUCACUUCCUUAUGGAACGUUUGGAUACGCAGGCCUAUACUGGAAAGACAUCUACUGUGCCUGUUAGGGUGCAGUUGGCUGAUGUCAAGACCAAAGCCGAUGCUGUAGCUAUUAUCAAAGGCAUGUUUUCUUUACUAACUCCAGUGAUCAUUGCUGACCUUGAAAGAUUCCUUCAUUUCGAACAAGGUGUUGACUCUCUGAUGGCUGUCGAAGUCCGCUCCUGGUUUAUCAAAGAACUCGACAUCGACAUUCCCGUCCUCAAGAUCCUCGGUGGAAUGUCCGUUCCGGACCUCAUCGAAGAAUCCCUCAAUCUCAUCUCCGACUCCAUCCUCGACGUAUCAUCCCUCGAAGCGGGAAGCACCCCAACAACUCAACCCCCCAAACCCACAUUGCAAAUAGCCCGCGUCACCCCACCCGAGAGCUCCCACGGCACAAGCGACGAUAGCAAGCAGCAGACGGGCUCAGACUCCUCCCGCUCACCAAUCGACACGCCUCUCACAUCAAUGGAGAUUCAAGAACCUGCUAAAGCGGAAGACAGUACGGACAACUCCACUCCCCUAAAGACCUUUCCUAACGAGCUGUCCAGCAUCAUGUCCUACGGUCAAGCAGGCUUCUGGUUUCUAAACGAUUACCUCGUCAACAAGAGAGCGUUCAACAUGGCUGUCAUGUUGAAGCUCACGGGCCAGGUCCGCGUGCAGGCUCUGGAGAAGGCUGUGAAUCUCGUUGCGGAGCGUCAUGAGGUUUUGAGGACGAGGUUCUUUUGGGGUGAUGAUGGCGAUGAGAGGACGCCUUUGCAGGGUAUUAACCCGGCGGAUCUAAAGUUGACGACGAAGAAGGUUGCUGAUGAGAGCGAAGCUGGGAUGGAGUUGAAGAAGCUUCAUGAUGAGGAGUGGGAUUUGAGUAGGGGUGAAGGAGUCAAGAUCACUUUAUUGUCGUUAUCGGAUAAUGUUCAUUUUCUUUUGUUGGGUAUGCAUCACAUUUACAUCGACGGAUACAGCUUCAGUGUGUUCUUCAAGGACCUCGAAGUUGCUUACACAAAGAACACGCUCCCUUCUCUUCCAGUUGAGUCACAGUAUCGAUCUUUUGCACUUCAGCAACGACAGAUGUAUGCAAAUGGCAAUCUCACCAAGUCCAUUGAGUACUACCGACGAAGCUUUCCCAAAGAGUUCUCGCCAAUUCAGCUUUUCCCCUUCGCUCUUACGCCGGCGAGACAGUUCGCCAAUGACUAUUCUCAGCAUGAGGCCAAGAUGAGUAUUGAUCCAGAACUAGCACCCAAGGUUCGACAACUCGCCCGCGUCAAUCGCUCAACUUCAUUCCAUGUCUACUUGGCGGCCUUGGAACUUCUUCUCUUCACACUCCUCCCCAACAUAGAGGAAGUGUUCAUCGGUAUCGCCGAUGCCAACCGUGGCGAUAAGAAGUUCAUGGGCAGUCUCGGCUUCUUCCUGAACCUCCUCCCUCUGCGCUUCCGACGAAAGAGGCGCGGUACUCAACUCAGCUCCAUCAUCCAGACCGCUCGCGACACAGCAUAUGGAGCACUUCAACACUCCCAGCUGCCCUUCGACGUCCUUCUUCGAGAGCUGAACGUUCCAAGAUCUGACAAGUACACGCCUAUCUUCCAGGUCUUCAUGGACUACAGGCAAGUUGUCCAGGAACGGUCGUCGUGGGGAGGCUGCAAGCUCCAUGGGGAGAAGUGGCAUAAUGCUGGCACGGGAUAUGACAUUGCUUUGGAGGUUAACGAGAAUAUCACCACUGAUACUCUUUUGGGUCUGAGACUUCAGAAGCAGCUUUACUCGGAGGAGCACACCGCGCUUCUGCUCCGCUCGUACUUGAGUGUGCUGGAGUACAUGGUCCAAGGGACAAACAAAGCUGCUGAUACUGUGCCACCCUGGUCGAAGGAUGAUAUCCAGGUCGCGUUAGAUGCGGGAAAAGCACCCGAAUUCCAACCCAAGUGGCAGUCAACCAUCAGUCAUCACAUCGACCAGACCAUCCAGGCCAACUCUACCAAAGUCGCUCUCAAGGACGGCAACGGUACCGUGCUCACAUACGAACAGAUGGGCAAUCGGGUCAACUCCAUCACUCAAGCACUCAUCGAUGCAGGAACAACGCAAGGCACAGUAGUCGGAGUCUUCCAAGAACCCUCCUCCGACUGGAUCUGCUCCCUUCUCGCUAUCUUCAAAGCUGGAGCAGUCUACGUGCCUCUCGAUCUUCGCAACUCCAUUCCUCGUCUGGCUAGCAUUGUCAAAGCCUCUCGGCCUUCGCUCAUCAUCACGGAUCACACUACUGAUGACAAGGUUGAGCUCAUUGGUGCCAAGUACAUCACCCAGCUUCAGCUAUCCAAGGUGGUUGAUCAGGAGUUCAAGGAGCCUAAUCGUGCAAAGGUUGGAUCUCUCGCUGUCAUUCUGUUCACAAGUGGCUCUACUGGUGAGCCUAAGGGUCUCAUGAUGACGCAUACCAAUCUCAUGUCCUACGCCGAAGUCUCAAGCAAGACCUUCUCCAAGCCUGAUGAAAGCCUCAUGGUUCUUCAGCAAAGUCCCUUCAGCUUUGACUUUUCUCUUGAUCAGACCGUGGCUGCUUUGGCGAACGGUGGAUGUCUUUGCAUCGUGCCAGCGAGCAAGAGAGGGGAUCCCGAUGAGAUCAGCAAGAUCAUGGUCAAAGAGGGCGUUACAUAUACUACUGCUACGCCUUCUGAGUAUGAUCUGUGGUUGCGAUACAGUACCAGCACUCUACGACAAUGCACUUCGUGGAAGUACGCCUUCUCUGGCGGUGAGGCAAUGAGCCACAAACUAGCCCGCGAGUUUGGAACGUUGAGCCUGAAGAAUCUUCACGUCUUCAAUGGCUAUGGGCCAGCUGAGACGACGAUCCUCUCUCAUCGCAUCGACCUCCAGUACACAGACCCUGAUCUUCCAGACCCCCUUCCCGCAGGUUGCCCCAUGCCUGGUUUCUCAGUGUGCAUCGUCGAUGAGAAGAUGCGGCCUGUUCCUCUUGGUGUGCAGGGCGAGAUUGUCCUCGGUGGCCCAUGCAUCGUCUCUGGCUAUCUCAGCAUGCCUGACGCUACCAAAGACAAGUUCCUGCCGGAUACCUUCUUCGGAACUAGUGGGAAGGUAUACCGCAGUGGAGAUCGUGGUCGUCUAUGCCAUGAUGGUUUGCUGUUCUGUGACGGUCGUCUUGAAGACAGCAACAUGAUCAAGCUUCGAGGUUUCCGUGUCGAAUUGGAUGAAGUAGAGAAGACUAUCAUCAGUCACUCCGCUGGUACACUCUCUCAUGCAGUAGUUACUUUACGAGGUACUGAGGAAGGCCGCUAUCUAGCAGCUCAUGUUGUCUUUGCUCCCGAAUUCCCAGAGCAAAAUCGAGAAAGCAUCAUGAAGACCCUUCGUCAAACUCUUCCUCUUCCUCCCUAUAUGCGUCCUUCCGUCUUCCAGAUCCUUGCCGACAUCCCACGCACAGCUCAUCUCAAGGUCGACAGAAAGGCCAUUCAAGAAAUGCCGGUGCAGAUCUCUGCCUCCCACGACUCUGGAACUCUGACUGUUGCUGAACAAAGACUAAGUGAGCUCUGGCGUCGAGUCUUGCCUCUUGAUCCGGGCUCUCUUUCUCCCGAGUCUGACUUCUUCCUCAUUGGAGGCAAUUCUAUUCUGCUGGUGAAGCUACAGGCGUUGCUGAGACAGACUUUCAAGACAGCGCCAAAGCUAGUUGCGCUCAUGGGAGCUAGCACGCUCGGUACAAUGGCUGUUGUUCUUGAGAGCUGUGGAUCUGUCGGUGUCAUUGAUUGGGACCAGGAGACUGCGCUGCCAAAUGGCCUUCAAGGUGCUGUGGCGUUGCGUCCUGUGAACAAGAUUACCGACAUCACGGUCCUCCUUACUGGUUCAGCAGGCUACCUUGGUCGUCAUCUCGUACCAGCACUCGUCGAGGACCCCCGAGUUACACGAGUCCACUGCCUGGUGCGGUCAGUGAACAACGAGAAGCUGAGUACCAGCUCAAGCAGCAAAGUCAGAGUUAUCGAAAGCGACCUGUCGAAACCAGGCCUAGGUCUUUCUGCAUCGACAUACUCUCGUCUUGCUGAGGAAACCGAUGUGAUCAUCCACUCUGCAGCUAAUCGGUCUUUCUGGGACAGAUACGAGGUUCUCAAACCAGAUAACUUGGACUCCGUGAAAGAGUUGGUCAGAUUCGCCGCUUCUUCUGGCCGCUCGAUACCAUUGCAUUUCCUGUCAUCUGGAGCUGUCAAGAUUUAUGAUGGAGAUGUUGUUACACCACCUACUGAUGGUAGCGAUGGUUACGUGGCUACAAAGUGGGCUUCAGAGACAUUCCUGCGAAACGCUGCUGGUUCAAUCGGCCUUCCCGUCUACGCGCACCGUCCCACUGUGAGCAGUAAGGCGCAAACCAAGACGGAUCAAGCCUCGAUCGUCGACGAACUCUUCAGCAUCGUCAAGUUCCUUGGCGUCCGACCAUCUUUUGAGGGGGUCACUGGCUCAGUAGAUGUACUUCCUACCGGUGACAUUGUCAAGGCUAUCCAGGACUCUGUCUUGAGCUCGAGUGCUGGGGGUGAAGGAUACAACGUUUUGCAACAUGAAGCACAUCAACGCGCUUUCGUGGAGGAUUUCGCAGGCGUUGUGCGCGCUGAUGAUAGUUUGAACAAACUUCCUAGUAUUUCUAUCUUAGAUUGGUUUGGUAAGGCGAAGAAGGCUGGAUUUUCUUAUUUCCUUGCGUCUCAGAAUUUGGUCAUGGGUGAGGGUGAGGGUCACUUGGUUUCGAGGCGUUGA